ACGAAUACUCUCGCAGUGAGCAAAAAUGACCACUAAGCGGUGCUAAGUGGUCGCCUGCCUGGUCCGACUCAUUUCCCAGAAGCCACUUGGCCGCGUCCUGAAGCAAGAUGGCAGCUGUUGUCGAGAAUGUUGUCAAACUGUUGGGAGAGCAAUGCUACAGAGAUGCCAUGGAGCAAUGCCAUAACUACAAUGCUCGUCUGUGCGCUGAGAGGAGCGUGCGCAUGCCCUUCCUCGACUCUCAGACAGGCGUGGCUCAGAGCAACUGCUACAUUUGGAUGGAAAAGAGGCACAGAGGGCCUGGCAAGGCUCCAGGGCAACUCUACACUUACCCUUCCAGGAGGUGGAGGAAGAAGAGAAGAUCUCAUCCUACCGUGGACCCUCGCCUUGUCUUCCCCCCAGUCAAGUCAGAGGUUGAUUUUGGACUGAAGAAGGAUGCACUGUUGUCAUCUGAUGGCAGCAGCCUGGAGGCCUUGCUAAAGGGCGACUCUCUGGACAAACGCACACCCGCCGAUCUCAGAGCGUCUGAGGAAGAUUCCAACCCUGGCGACUACUCUGUCGGCCUGAACUCUGCCACACGCAUCAGAAAGAAAAUCCUGGAGCCUGAUGACUUCCUCGAUGACCUGGACGACGAGGACUACGAAGAAGACACACCGAAGAGAAGAGGCAAAGGGAAGGGAAAGGGUCGCGGAGUAGGCAGCAGCAGCAGGAAGAAGCUGGACCCCGCAGCAAUGGAGGACCGGGACAAGCCGUACGCUUGCGACAACACUAUCAAACAAAAGCAUAUUUCCAAACCUUCUGAAAAAGUCUGCGGCAAGCGCUACAAGAAUCGCCCCGGCCUGAGCUACCACUACACCCACUCGCACCUGGCCGACGAGGAGGGCGAAGACAAGGAGGAGAUGGAGGUCAACGAGCCCCCGCCGCCACUGCCGGAGACGCCCAAAACUCCUAAGAGAGGCCCAGAUGGGCUGGCCCUGCCCAACAAGUAUUGUGACUUCUGCUUGGGAGACUCCAAAACCAACCACAAGACGGGCCAGUCCGAAGAGCUGGUGUCGUGCUCCGACUGCGGACGCUCAGGCCACCCGUCCUGCCUGCAGUUCACACCCGCCAUGAUGGCCGCCGUCAAGACAUAUCGCUGGCAGUGCAUCGAGUGUAAGUGCUGUAACAUGUGCGGCACCUCCGAGAACGAUGAUCAGCUGCUCUUCUGUGACGACUGUGAUCGUGGUUACCACAUGUACUGUCUCAAGCCGUCCAUGGCAGAACCCCCGGAGGGGAGCUGGAGCUGUCACCUGUGUGUGGACCUCCUCAAAGACAAAGCGUCCAUCUACCAGAAGCAUGAUGCCCCGCCCUCGUGAUGGCCGCUCCUUCUGCACACACUCUGUGUUCUGCCGCACACACACGGACGUCGCGCGAGUGUGUCCAGAGGGAGGCUGUGGUUGGUCCAAAGGGAAGUACAGUACAGUAGAGUACACGCUACCACACUGGCCUCAUGUCUUCACAUGUGACCGUUACGCUCGAUUUUUUUGCCCCGUGAGACCUUGAAGCAGAACACUUGCUCGCUGCAAUUAAGUAGCAUGCCGUGCGAAGUACAGCUUUUCUACAAUUUCUAUACAAUAUUUCUAAAGUACUUCCCUGUACGCUUUAGUGUACAUCUGUUGGGGUUGAUUUAGAUUAAGGAAACCUUUCACACCAUCACACACAGGCUAAAAAUAGAUCCCAUAUCAGGCUCGUUAAAAUGGCUCCAAAGGCUUAAAGACUGCAGGGAGCGUGCGCGUAAGACUAACCCUAACCCUAACCCUAGAUGCUACAAUACGGCGUCAAAGCAAUAUUCUUAUAUUAGACUUGACACCAGUGAAUAGGUUAGUUUUUCAGCAAAUAACAAAAUUGUAGGUUCUCCAUAAUCAGAAUAUACACAAAUAUCCAGGGUUUCGUUGAAUACACUAGCAAUUAAAAGUUUGGGGUCUCUUCAAAAUGUCCUUGUUUUUGAUAACAUUGAAAUCUAGUGGACCCUAUUCGCAGGAGAUAAAGACCGCGAAUAGCGAAAAUCCAUGGAUAAUUGAUGCCAUUAUAAUUGCAUUAAAAAUAGGCUUUACACGAUCAGGAUUUUUGGGACCGAUCAGCAAGUUUAAAGAAACGAUAACCGAUCACAAGAUUGAACAAUGCCUCUAUUUACAUGACUUGUUCAUUUAUUGUAUAUACUUGUGUAGUGUAUACUUAGUACUGUAUCUUCAAAAUUAUUCUCUAGCAUUUUAGACAAAAGUUAAAACCUCAAUGACCUCUAGGGGGCAUUCAAGGAUUGGCCACUGACAUAAGUUUAGGUCAAAUCAACAUUACAACAUGACAGAAAUAAUGGGUGCUAACUUACUGCAAUUGAAAUACUGACAUUCUUACUCUUAACUUUCUCACUGUCCGGCUUCCCAGCUAUAUGGACGGGUGUUGUCCAGAGUUUGCGUCCGUUUGGAUCCCCCCCACGAUUUGCUACUCGUGUCCAUUCUUCAGGUGCUCGUUCAAAUUUGUUGUGUUGAAGCAUUUAGAUGACGUUCCCUCCCCACGACGUACUUCAGUUGUGCACAGACUGCAAAUAACGUACGUGUUGUUUGUCUGAGACACACUGACGAGAUUGAAAAAACACUUUAUUGGCUGUCAGACAGUUACAGUACUACGCCACAAGACGCAUGACAAGGCUAAAAAUAAACUAGCUUUUGGAUUCAUAUUCGACGGCGACGCGGAGUAAAUGUCUUUUGCGGAGCCGAUCGAUGACGUCAUUGAUCGGAUCGGCGAAUUAUGAUAUGAAAGCCAAUCGGCCGAUACCGAUCAAACUGAUCAGAUCGGUGUAAAGUCUAAUUAAAAAUACAUAUUUUCCUAAACCCGAUGAUAAACCACCAGUAAGCGUUUUUGAGGUUGGUCCCCCCGCCCCCCAAAAAAAAUCGAAUGGGUGAAUCCGCAGAUGCCGAACCACAAGUAUGCGGGGCUCCACAUUGUUAAUGAGCACAAUAAAUAAGGACAUUUCGAAGUGAGCCCAAACUUUUGAACAGUCAGAAGCAUAUAUACGACGGUUUGUUUUGAGGUAAAACAUGAAAUUGUCUGAGUAACCCCAAACUUUUGAACAGUAGUGUACACUAACCCUCCACAAAAUCUGAUGAGAUCCAAUACAAGAGCUAUAUCAAACACUCUAUCCUUACAAAGAUAAUAGUGAUCAGUUUUGAUUGACAUAUAUUUAAGCAUGUUUAUAUUGUUGUUGUAGCUUGUAAUAAUGCCACUACUUUUUCUUUCCUUUUUUUUUUUAAGAAAUAUUUUGCCCAUUUGUGUAGCUAUGUAGUUGCAGAGCUGCGAAACAUUUAGGUCCUUAGUAAAUGUGCAAAAUAAAAUGAUUCAACAAUUGAAGAAAUGUUUAAAUAUAUGUUAUGAGGAUUUGUGGAUUCAAGUUUUUUUUUUUUAUAAAUAAUAGUUGCUCUGAGGUUUUAUUUGUAUUAGAAAUGCAUGGCGGGCCAGAUCAAACGGUGUCACGGGUGAUGUACGUUUCGGUUCCCCACCCAUGUUAGGAGGAAGAUGGAAAAGUCAACAGGUUAGGGUUAGUUUGAGCUCUUUGGGGCCUUUUACUAACACAGACACACAACAAUUCCUCCCACUAAAUUAAAACAAGGUCUUCAUUGCUGUGUUGUAGCAGUUUGCGCCCUUUUCUAUAUUUAUUCCAUAUUGCAGCUCCACUUUUUAUUUUCCCUCUUCCCCCCAGUCAUCAACUGCAACUUUGUAAGAGGUCAUUUGCUGCUAUAGGAUGAGACUUAUUUUCCCUGCUUGUGCGUGGAGGCUACAGAGUGGUGUGUUGUGAUGAGGACAGUCACACGGGCUCAGCAAUGAUGUGUCCUCAAAGCGUCAAGUGCCGUGUGAACUAAAUGCCAUUGUGGAAGAAUGAAGAGGCACCAUUGGAGCUUCUACAGAAUUGGCUUGGGAUUUUUCUAGAGAAAGAGAGUGUGUGUGUGUGUGUGUUUCAAUGUAAGAUCACUGUAGGAGACUUCUCUUAGGCUGACUGAUGGAAUGUCCCAUUGUACUUUUCACUGUAGGAAAAUAAAAAUACUAAGCACUG